UGCUAGGCAGGUGAACUGAUGGUGAACUGAAGUGUACGUGUGCAGACAGGUGGUGACUGGAGAAGGUGGCGACAGUGUGAGGACCAGUGGUGGGAUGGAUGGGAGAGGUACAGCAGGGUCUUAAAUGACAAAGCAAACUUUAGUGCAUUGAUAGUGCAAACGGGGUGAUUUAUUUGAAGCAGAUGAUGAGCCUUUUCUCACUGGAGACAUAUUGACAUAUCACAGAAGGAAAGUAUGGUGCCCCUGAGGUGCCAAACACGACAACAUUUUUCAAGAAAAACACAACAACAAAACAGAAAACACGACAACAGUUGCAAUAUAUGAUGUUGUUUUUAAUUAAUGUCUCGUUUUUGACACGUCACAUGCAUUUUCACAUUUCAUAUUCAUAUUGUUCAGUGAGACAUGCAAUAGUCACAGCAUGGUAUUCAUGGUGUCUAAUGACCUCCACUAGAGGGCGUUCUCGCCCCAGUAGUUAUGCACAUGAAGCACAAUCAUUUACAGUACAGAGAUCUAAAUUCAUAGUUAUCUCAUAUGUUAUAACAAUGCCAUUAUAUCUCGUGAAAUGAUUUCUUUUUUUUAAAACCUCUGACACAUUUUGUGUGUGUGUGUGUGUGUGUGUGUGUGUGUGUGUGUGUGUGUGUGUGUGUGAAUGCUGGUUCGGCGUUCAUGUUUAAUGGUUGUAUUUGUUGAGCACCUUGAACUGCCGUUAUGUAUGAAAGAUGCUACACGAAUAAAACUGACUUGACUUCGACAUCAUAACACUGCAGGCUGCUACAAGCUAAAGAUCUCAGGACUACAACUACUACUACUUUACUUUUGUCUCACAGGUCGAACAUCAUCAUCAUCCCACAUCAAACUGCACAGGAAGCACUGCUUGUUUUGCUGUCUCUCUCUCUCUCUCUCUCUCUCUCUCUCUCUCUCUCUGUGUGUGUGUGUGUGUGUUUUAAGUGAAAAACAAAAGCAGUAUGCAGUCAGUGCUGCUGAAGUGGAAGAUAAUGCUUCUUUGUUGGUCCAUGUUGUUGCUCUGUCUCUCCACCAAUGCGGAGAACAUUGCAAAUUGCAGAGAGUCCAGUGAGAGCAUCACCUUGAAGUGUUCCUCUGCAGGAUGUCUCAACAACAUCAAAGAGUUUGUUGGGAUGUAUCUGUAUCGAAAUGUUGAGAACAGGGAGAAUGUGAUUUACUAUCAUCCUAAUCCAAACUCCGUGGACAAGAUCACCCCGGGUAUAAGAUACAAAGACAGGAUUCAGACAAACGGAUCUCUGGAGAGCCACACCAUCACCAUCAGCAACCUGACCACCAAUGACUCUGGUGUCUACAGCUGUGUGUACAUUAAGUUUCCCGCAGGUGAAGCCCGAUGCAACGUCUACACUGUUGCUGUAAAAGUGGCAGAAGUUACACCGUGUCACACUCCUGAUAAAGUCACUCCUGAUGAAGUUGCCGACAUGCACCAUGAGAACGCGGAAUGUCCACUCCUGGUGUCAAUCGUCGCUACGUGUGCCAUCAGCAUGCUGGUAAUGAUGAUCUCCAACCUGCUGAUCGUCCCGAGGGUGAAACGUUGGAUUUGCAGCAGAAUGACAACACGCGCUCCGCAGGCCCCCAAUGAAUAUGUGUAUGAAAUUAUGACCAAGAACGGAGUCCGCCCUCCAGCAGCUCCGGAGGACUCGGUGUCGAGUCCGUAUAAUUUUGCUUAGAAAAGCAGAUCUGACGUUAUCUGCUUGGUGAUCAUAUUCUUCUUUUUUUUUUUUUGAGUGUUUUCUGCUUGAAUCAAAUUUACAAAUAAUUUCAAUCAACAAUGUACAUCAAAAAAUGUACAAAAAAACUGAAGUCAAAAAAGUGUUUAAUUGUUGCUUAAGUAUGAUUUACUUCAUCAUUACUGUAAUAUUUGAACUUAUUUGUUUGUGAUGCUCCUGUUCUGACUGCGUCAUUCCUUUGUGCUUUCACAAAGUUUUUUCUGGUCUCAACUCAUAACAAAAGUAUCAAAAGUAUCAUUCUGAUACUGAGAGGACUUAAGGUGUUACUGGAAGUUAUUUGCAUGGCUCUUAAACAAUUAAUACUGUAUAAUAACCACAAUAAAGUGAUUAUUAUACAGAGUGAUCAGGCUAUUUAUAAUAACACAUAGUAAUAUUUGAAGGGAAAUACUCUGCUCUGAUGGUUAAUCAAAGCUACAUUUCAGUGAUUCUGCAGAAACAAAUCACAACUGAGCUCUAAAAACUACAUGAUGAACAGGUGAGAUAUGUAAAAGGAAGUGUGAUUAAAAAGAAACCAGAGCAGGAGGUUAAAAUCAGGACAAUUAUCAGAUUAGAUUAAAUUAUUGAUUUGUUUAAAUUUGAUGACAACCCAUGUGGGGUUAAUAAUUUUCAUAAAUGUAGAGUUCUCACAUGAUAGUAAAUAAAAAUCUGAUAUAAUAUGUAUCAUUCUAAGAGAGGUAAUUACAAAUAAUAAUAUUUUUUUAUCUAUUGCGUACACUUUUGUUGUUGAUGUAUACUUUUGUUCUUCUUCUCUGCUGAACAAAGCUGCUGACUUUGAUGCAUUUAUGAUGCAACGUUUGUGCUGUUGAAUCAAACUUCACAGUGAAAUUUGUAAAUGUUGCCAGACGUUUGUCUGAAAAGAAACAGUUUUAUCUCCAUCUGUGGUAUCGUGGCAUGUAUGUGGCUUUAUUGUACAAACGAAUAUAUAUGAAUAUAUAUUCAAUAAAAGCAACACAGAU